GGUUUUUACAAAAAUCUUUUGUUUCGAUCUUCAAAACCUUCUCUUUUCUCAAUUCCUCUCUCAGAAAACUUCUAGAGAUUCUCUUCAUCUCGAAUUUGAUUCAGGAAAUCGUGAUUGAGUUUCUGUGAAACCGAAGGUUGGCGAGCGAGGGAAAGAGAGAAAUGGCUCAAGCUGUUGAAGAGUGGUACAAGCAGAUGCCUAUUAUCACCCGCUCGUAUCUCACUGCUGCUAUUGUCACCACCAUCGGCUGCUCUCUCGAUAUAAUAUCUCCUUAUAACCUGUACUUGAACCCGACUCUUGUGGUUAAGCAGUACCAGUUCUGGCGCCUCAUCACCAAUUUCCUAUAUUUCCGAAAAAUGGAUUUGGAUUUUAUGUUCCAUAUGUUCUUUCUUGCUCGAUACUGCAAACUUCUUGAAGAAAAUUCUUUCCGAGGAAGAACUGCUGAUUUCUUUUACAUGCUUUUAUUUGGAGCCACCGUUCUAACUGGCAUUGUACUUGUUGGGGGAAUGAUACCUUAUUUGUCCGAGUCAUUUGCGAAAAUCAUCUUCCUUAGCAAUUCCUUGACUUUCAUGAUGGUUUAUGUGUGGAGCAAGCAAAAUCCUUUUAUCCAUAUGAGUUUUCUGGGUCUAUUUACUUUUACUGCAGCCUACCUACCAUGGGUUCUUCUGGGAUUCUCUGUCCUUGUUGGCGCUAGUGCUUGGGUGGAUCUACUGGGAAUGAUAGCGGGUCAUGCAUACUAUUUUCUUGAAGAUGUCUAUCCGCGGUUGUCCGGUCGGCGGCCCCUGAAGACACCCUCAUUUAUCAAAUUGCUAUUUGCAGAUGAAGCUGUGGUGGUAGCAGGACCUACAAAUGUAAGAUUUGCUCCGCCACCUGCGGAGGAACUUCACCAAGAUUAGGUCUAGUUUUGCGGUGGAAGGGAAAGUCCGGGUAAUGGAGGAUUAGGUUUCAGAGUAUUGAAUGCUCUUAGAAAUCACAGAGGGGUCCGUUGAAAGUUUGGGUGGCCCAAUUUGUUAGUUCGUGGUCAUAAUGUGGUGGUGGUGCUUGUAUAUGAUGUGGGUUUGAAACUGAAUUUUGUAAUUUUAAGCCUACAGGCAAUUUGUUGGAUGAGUGAAUGAAUGCUUCUGGUUGUUAAUUGGUAUAAAA